AUGGGGGCAGAUCAAUCAACCCCGAGGGCCAGUGGCCAGCCUAUCCUAGUAGGAACUAGCAAGACCUGCUACUACGAGGUUCUUGGCGUGGACCGGCUGGUUGGCGACGAUGAGAUCCGGAAGGCAUACAAAAAAAAGGCCUUGGAGCUGCAUCCGGAUCGAAACUUCAACGACACCGAGAACGCCACCAGGAGAUUUGCAGAAGUCCAAACUGCUUACGAGAUUUUAUCCGACCCCCAAGAGCGUGCCUGGUAUGACUCUCAUCGUGAUGCCAUCCUUGGCGGCGAUCCUGAUGUUAGUGGCGGCGCACCUUCGGAGCAGCCUGGUAGCCGCUACACAUCGGCGACAACUAUAUUCUCCUUAAUGGGCCGUUUCAACUCAAGCGUACCAAUGACCGAUAGCUCCAGAGGCUUCUUUGGGAUACUAAAUGCUUUCUUUGACCAGCUUGCGGUGGAGGAGACUACUACAUGCGAGUGGGAUGGGAUUAUUUCAGUGGAAUAUCCACCAUUUGGCAAGGCUAGUGACAACUACGACGCAGUGGCUAAGCUCUUUUACAAGACAUGGUCUAGCUUCUCUACCAGAAAGUCCUUUAGCUGGAAAGACAAAUACCGUCUCAGCGAUGCUCCAGACCGCCGUGUUCGCCGGCUCAUGGAGAAAGAAAACAAGAAGUUCCGUGACGAGGGCAUUCGCGAGUUCAACGAUGCUGUUUUGUCACUAGUGACUUUUGUCAAAAAGAGAGACCCUCGUUACAUCCCGAACACACAGUCCGAGGCCGAACGCCAACAGAUCUUGCGCAAAUCAGCGGCUGCUCAGGCUGCCCGGUCACGGGCAGCCCAUCAAGUAAAGGUAGCUGAAUACACAGUACCGGAAUGGGCAAGAUCACGAGAUGACAGAGAGCGCCAAGAGGUCGAUUUCUCAUUCUCAGAUGAGGAUUCCGAGGUCGAGCACAUUGAAUGUGUCGUAUGUAACAAGACCUUCAAAAGCGAGAACCAGUUCGAGGCGCACGAGAAGAGCAAAAAGCACAUCAAGGCCGUCCAGCAGCUGCAGCGGCGGAUGAAAAAGGAGAACGCAGAGUUGGACCUUUACGGCAAUUCGACAUCUCAACGGGGGUCUGAGAGGUCUGAGGGUGUGGUCGACGCUGAUGUCGCAGUUGCCUCUCCAGAGGCGACUUAUACCCCAGAUAUCACAGAACAACGUCCGCAGUCUGUCUCCAAACAAGAGGAAGAGUUGAAACAGGGGGCAACUACCUCACCUACAACCGAGGAUGAUGACGAAUACACAUCACGUUCGGCAGUUGCCGAUCGUCUCCUUUCUAGGUUGGCCCAUCCUACGAAGUCGCCAAAGACCCAAGGCGAUGAAGCGGAGGAGACAGACUCCUUAACUUCAAGUGUCGGCCAUUUGACACUGAAUGAAGACGGCCCUGGCAAGAAAGUCGGUAAAGCAAAGUUGAAGAGGGAGAAAAAGGCGGCUCGUCAGGCCAUCAGCACUGGUGAUCAGGAUUCGCACAAAUGCGCCGUUUGCAGUGGAAGUUUUACGUCUCGAUCCAAACUAUUUGCCCAUAUCAAGGAGUACAGCCAUGCUGCCCUCGUUCCUAAAGCGGGGGUGAGCAAGAAGCAGAGGUAG